AUGUCGAAAGAAAGUCAGGGGUCAAGGAUGAUGUCCGAGAACAUUGAGAUUGAUGAUAUUGACAUUUCAUCAAUUUGUGCUCAACCAAUUGGUAGUGAACCUAGUGCAUCCAAAAUGAAGGCAAGCCGUGCUACCAACUACUCUCCGCAAGAGGAUAUCCAGCUAUGUGAGUCAUGGGGGAAUAUUAGCAUGGAUCCUAUCACUGGAAAUGAGCAACCUGGUAAAGCUUAUUGGAAGCGAAUUCAUGAUAACUACCAUGCCAACAAGAAAUUUGAAUCUACUAGGACUGUCAACUCUCUUGAGCAUCGGUGGGGCAUAAUUUACAAGGAGGUGCAGAAGUUUCAGGGUUAUUUUGAGGAAGUUGAGCGUCGCCAUCCUAGUGGUGUGUUUUUCCAGGAACAUGUGCUAGAAGCACAAACUAUAUAUGCAGACAAGGAGCCAAACAAGAAGGGUUUCACUUUCAAUCAUUGUUGGUUGAAGGUUAGGAAUUGCGCCAAGUUCACAGCUGUUCCGUCCUCCAAAAGGCCUAGAACAAACAACUCAAACCCAUUUGAUGUUCUUGAUCAAGAAGAUAAUGAUAGUGGCAAUAGCCAAACUCCUGAUUCAUCCUUGUGUAGUGCGAAAAGGCCUAUGGGGAGGAAGCAAGCAAAGGGGAAGGUGAAAAAGGGUGGGGAAGAAUAUAAGUAUGCAGGGAUGCUUGAGAAAUUGCUUAUUGAAAAGGAAAAAAUUAGAGAAGCUAGAUGGCAGGAGAAGAAGAAGAUGCAAGAGCGCAAGGCAUCGAUUGAGGAGCGCAAGGUUGCUAUUAAGGAAAGGAAGCUGAUGUGGGAGCAAGAACAUAAGAUUGUUUUUUCUGAUGUCAGCACAUUGGACUCCAAUAUGGUGUUUACCGAUGAUGAUGAUGAUUUUUUUGAGCAAUGGUGGGAGGAAGAGGAAUCAGAUGAUGAUGAUUUGGUUGUGGCUAUGCUCAUUCUUGCUGAUGCUGAAGAAAGGGAACGCAAGAAGGCUCGGCGUGGUUCGAUGCCUAGUCGUCAAGUGGUACCGUGA